AGGGACUGAUUACGACAACUAUUCUUGAGGCGCAGUCGUCUUACGGCGACCCAAGUCUUAUUUUUACAUUCAACUGCUUCGUAUUUAUCUCUCCUAUUUCCAUUCAUCUUCUCUGCUGGCUGCUCUCUAUAUCGUUUUGGAUUUGUCCAAGAAAGCAUUUGCAUCUGCGUCGCCCCUUCUGUUCUGGAAUUUUGCCAUUUGCCCCCUUCGGACUUCUUGAACCAUCAGCAACAAAAUAUCGUGAAAUAUUCCAAACCAACACAACAUACAAGACCUCAAAUUCGAACUCCUGUGUCGCAUCUCUUAGCAAUUAUGAUGUCCAACACGAAUAUUCUAACAAGUCUUUUCCUGCUACCAUCUCUUGCUCAGGUCGCUUUCUCGGCAGUCACCAAGAGAGCCACAGCAUGCAACAACUCUCCAGAUCUGUGCAGUAAGACGUACAACAACAUCACACACCUCGGAAGUCAUAAUGCGCCUUUCUUGCGUGAUGCGUCUACAGGCAACUCGGCAUCUGGAAACCAAUUCUACAACACUACCGUUCAGCUCAGUGCCGGUGUCAGACUAUUGAGUGGUCAAGUUCACAACAACAAUGGAUCAUUACACAUGUGCCACUCGAGUUGCACUCUUCUCGAUGCCGGAUUGUUGAGCGACUGGCUAUCAGAGAUCAAGACAUGGAUGGAUGGCAACCCGAACGAGGUUGUCACUGUGUUGCUCGUCAAUUCAGACGAUGCAUCUGCCUCAGAUCUGGGGAGUGCAUACACAACUGCCGGCAUUGCAUCUUACGCCUAUACUCCUACUUCAACCACAGCUCCAAGCGAGUGGCCUACCCUACAAACCUUGAUCAAUGACGGAACGCGUCUUCUCAACUUCGUCGCUAGUCUCGAUGACAACACCGCAGCGCCUUACCUCAUGGACGAGUUCACCUACAUCUUUGAGAACAACUACGACAACACAUCGCCAUCAAACUUUUCCUGUGCAGCCAACCGACCCUCCACUGUCACCACAAGCUCGGCGUUGCAGCAGAAUUUGAUGCCAUUCAUGAACCACUUCCUCUACGAAACCUCGAGUCUCUUUGGCACGACAAUCGAGUCUCCUGAUCUCGGAAACAUUACCACUACCAAUGCAGCGUCGGGUGGCACUGGCAACCUGGGAACAUCUGCCGCCGAAUGCACCACCACCUACGGUCAAGCUCCUACCUUCAUCCUGGUUGACUUUUUCAAUGUCGGUCCCGCCAUCGCGGUUGUAGACACCCUCAACAGUGUCACCAGCCCCGUUGGCAGGACCAACGUGAGCACUGCCGCCUCCGCUCCGGCAGCCAGCUCUGGUUCUACCCGAAGUGAAGUUUCGACUUUCUCUUUGGUUGCAGCCUUGAUUGUAGCCUUUGUGUUGAUUGCCUAGGCUUGCACGUCCUUGCGAUACGAGGUCAUCCUCCACAGACUCGCACGAUCUACAUCACUUCACCAUCUCCGACAUAUUCAUUGGCGGAACAACCGACGCCUCUGCCCCCUCAUGGCCACGUCUCAUGAGGAUGCAAAAGGCGUUUCUUGACAUCACACAUCACAUAGCGAAGGCGUUCCG